AGUGAUCUGUGCUGGUAUCUGCUCAGUGCGUGUGUGUGCGCGUCGGUGCGAGCUUCGGUUGCUGCUGCUUGUCACUCACUGUGCCGCGGCGCGAACACGGGUAGCGACAAGGACCAAAAAUCCGUCCUGUUGCAGCUGUUAUUUUACCUCUCUGGGAAAAAAAGAAGCAUCAGAGGCUGGUUUGUGCUCAUCCAGAAGCUCCUCGUCUGAUCUUCAAGGAGGAUAUCUGUGAGACAUUACAAUGCUUCAGAUGAGGGACAUCCUGUGGGGACUGCUGUUCACCGGCUGCGCAGCUGCUAUUCAGGUGCAAAUCACUCCGGCACUGGGGGAAAUCAGCGUCGGCGAGUCCAAAUUCUUCCUCUGUGAAGUGGUUGGAGACGCUAAAGACAUCGACUGGUUCGCCCCGAGCGGUGAGAAGAUCCUCCCCACCCGGCCAAACAUCUCUGUGAGUCGGACCGACGAGUCCACCUCGACUCUCACCCUCUACCACGCCAACGUGGACAACGCCGGUAUCUACAAAUGUGUGGCAAAGAACGGAGGCAAGGAGGCCCAAGCCACAGUUCAAGUAAAGAUCUUCCAAAAGAUCAGCUUCCAGAGUGCACCGAGUCCACAGGAGUUUAACGAGGGCGAUAACGCCGACAUCGUCUGCGAUGUGGUCAGCUCGCCUCCGGCCAGCAUCAUUUGGAAGCACAAGGGCUCCAUCCUCCAAUCCGCCAAAGACGUGCGUUACAAGAUCAUGGAUAAUGGUCACCUGCUGAUACGUGGCAUCAAGAAGGUUGAUGAAGGAAUGUAUAAUUGUGAGGCUCGCGUUAUGGCCAGGGGAGAAAUUGACUUCCGGCUGAUAAAGGUCAUCGUUAAUGUUCUUCCAACAAUCCGCGCGAGGAAGACUGAAGUCAAUGCCACAGCAGAUAUUGGUGAAUCUGCCCUGUUGGCCUGUGAUGCAGAUGGCUUCCCCGAGCCCACCGUUACCUGGACACAUAACAGUGUCGUCCUUGAAACGGGUGACAAAUACAGCUUGAACAAGGAUGGUUCUGAAUUGGUAAUAAAGGAAGUCAAGAAGGUGGAUGAAGGAGAUUACACUUGCAUCGCCAAGAACAAGGCAGGAGAGAAAGCUGAGGAAGUCAGCCUGAACGUGUUCGUGCUGCCCAACAUUACCUACUUCAACAACCAGACUGCCUCAGAGUUUGAUGAGGAGGUUACCCUGACCUGCGAGGCCUCCGGUGACCCCACACCCACCAUCUCCUGGAAAUUUGGAAACAGAGUUUUCACCGAAGGAGAGCAGGCAUCUUGGACGCGACCAGACAAAUACGAGAGUCUUGACAGGAACGUCGUGGUACGAAGCCACGCCCGGGUUUCCUCGCUCACCCUGAAGAACGUCCAGUUCACCGACGCUGGUCGUUACCUCUGCACUGCCAGCAACUCCAUCGGUGAAGACAACCAGCAGCUGUUCCUCGAAGUGCGCUACGCGCCAAAGAUCAUGGGGUUAGUGGCAAAAUACACAUGGGAGGAAAACCCGGCCAAUCUAUCUUGUGAGGUGGCUGCCAACCCCAGAGCCUCAGUGGUUUGGUUCAGAGAUGGGAUCGAGCUGCCAAGCAGCAACUCCACCAACAUAAAGAUCUUCAAUACCCCGACCGUCAACCAUCUGGAGAUUACACCCGAGUCCCAAAAUGACUUUGGGAGCUACAACUGCACAGCGACUAACGGGCUAGGCAGUGAAUCCAAGGAGUUCCUCCUAAUCCAAGCAGAGGUGCCGUCGUCGCCUAAAAUCGAAGAAGUGCAGCCUUUCUCGAGCACGGCGGUGGUGGAGUUCGAGGAACCUUUCUCCUUGGGCGGAGUUCCCAUCUUAAAGUACAAAGUGCAGUGGCGUUUGCCCGGGAAGGAAUGGAUGAGCCAGGAGUACAGGGCUGAUAAAGACAUGACCAGGAUAACCAUCGUUGGGCUGAAACCAGAGACGACGUACGAGGUCAAGAUGUCCGCCAUCAACGGCAAAGGCGAAGGCGAGAGCAGCCGUGCCAGCACUUUCAAGACGGAGCCAGUCCAAUAUUCUCUCACACUUGCGUCAUCGGCGCCGCCUGCUAUCGCUGCCACCAGUAUGGCCAUUAAAGGGGAACCAAAUGCUCCCAUACUAGAAGUCCUGCCUGGAAAGAACCUUAACUCAGUUAAAAUCAAGUGGACCAAGCAGGAUGAUGGAGGCUCACCUAUCAAACACUACCUGCUGCGAUACAAGGCUAAGCACGUUUCCGACUGGAAACCCGAGCAGCGCCUUCCCCCACUCAGCGAUUACGUCACGCUGACCGGCCUGGACUGGAACACAGAUUACGAGAUCCACGUGGUGGCAGUGAACCAGCGGGGCCCGUCUGAGCCGUCCGUCACCUCCUUCAGAACAGCUACAGAGCCCACCACCGUCCCAGCUACCCUGGGCUGCCAGUGCGUGUCUUGCAGUCUGGCGACUCUUCUGCUGUCAGUGCUGACUUUGCUCUGGCUCUCAUAAACUGAUUUUUGUUCAAGGAGAAAGAGGAGAAUCUGGACCUUUUCAAAUCUCCGGGUCCAGACUCCUUUGCUUUCUAUGCCUUCUGACCUUUGUGCAGCCACACACAAGUUUGGAAA